AUGUCGUCAGCGCCAUUAUUACAAACAACACCUGGAAAGAGGAUAGCAUUACCUACACGUGUUGAGCCAAAAGUCUUCUUUGCCAACGAAAGAACGUUUCUUUCCUGGUUGAACUUCACAGUCAUCCUCGGAUCGUUGGCCAUUGGAUUAUUGAACUUUGGUGAUAAAGUUGGCCGGAUCUCAGCGUCUCUGUUUACACUGCUAGCAAUGGGCACGAUGGUGUAUGCGCUUGUGACGUACCAUUGGAGGGCAAACGCCAUUAGACGCAGAGGGUCUGGUCCUUAUGAUGACCGGUUUGGACCAACCAUGCUGUGUUUCUUCCUCUUGAUAGCCGUCAUUGUGAACUUUGUCCUAAGAAUGCGGGCAUGA